CAACUGAAACCAUCUUUGCAAACACGUCAAUACGACUGCUAGGGAACGCUUGAAGUCUUAUGUUAGACACUGUAAGAAGAAGGCUUCCGUGUGAAUCCGAGGAUUUGCUCGUAAGUACUUCAGAAAUUGCCCUCUUCCGAGUCUGGACCGUUAUCUUUUCAGCUUCGGUGCGCCCAUCAUAUAUGCAGGGAAAUAUUCCGACCGAAGGGCAACGACAAGCAUCAGGACAAUAUAAGCAAGCGCCAAAAGAUCAGGCCGUCCUCGAACCCCACAGGUAAAACCCCACAGUUAUGCUUUAGGGGAUACUUUCAAGCAACGACCCCUCACGAUGCCGAGGUGUAUCUCUCAAGCCACCCGACUGUUACCCAUGAUUGUGCCACAGUUCUGCCGACCAAGUGGUUGUGCUCGGUACAAGUGAAGAUUGUCUUUCGGACGAGACAUCUAUAAACGAGGUGAUGGUCAUCCAUCACUUCGGGUCAUGACCGUUGUACUGGCAGCUGAUGAGGUGGUCGACUUCCCCUUCUCGGAAGCGCCUCUUGCUGGGGAGGAGCGUCGUGCUUUCAAAGGGCUACAUCCAUCUGGCUUCUUCAUUCGUCACCCAUCGGCUCCUCAUCAUCUGAAUGAAUUCUAUACAUCUGACGACGACCUGUUCCAGACGAUCCAUAUGGGCGCUGCCGUGGUGGACUGCGAGGAUUGGCUUCUGACGAUCGAUGGAUUGGUACAGCGUCCUUUCGCACAGUCUUUGGAUCAGCUUCGUCAACUGCCUCGAACCACUCUCACUGCGUUCCAUGAGUGUUAUGGAAGUCCAAUAAAGCCUCCUACGGAAGCUGUCUCGCGGAUUGGAAACGUCACAUGGACUGGAGUACCACUGUACACGCUGUUGAUGCACGCCCGCCCAUUACCAGAGGCAUCCUUCAUCUGGUCGGAAGGCCUGGACUCAGGCGAGUUUGCGGGCGUCAAAGCCGAUCGUUAUCAAAAAGACUUGCCAUUGAAGAAGGCUUUGAGCAAAGAAGUCCUUGUGGCGUAUGAGAUGAAUGGUAAGCCAUUGACCAAGAAGCGUGGUGGACCAGUCAGGUUGGUCGUGCCAGGCUGGUUUGGGACAAACAGCACCAAGUGGCUUUGCAAGAUCUCUCUGCAGAGUGUUAGAGCACCCGGUCCAUUCACAACAGUGUUCUACAACGAACAAGAUCCGACUGAUCCGCAUGGCCUGAGACGGCGACCAGUCUGGCAAGUCGAAGUCAAUUCCAUCAUCACGUGUCCGGCACCUGAUGCUGUGGUGUUAGCACCCAAUGUCCAGAUACAAGGAUGGGCCUGGAGUCACGAUGGUGUUGGAAGCGUCGAGGUUAGUGCUGACCAAGGUGGAGUUUGCAACGAUGCGCAUGUUGGGAAGCAGACCGACUUCAGUUGGCAAAAGUUCUCGGUGACUUUGCAGCUGCCUGUGGGUGAUUGUAACGUCACGGCUCGGGCCACAUCUUCCAGCGGCUUGCAGCAGCCCCUUCGUGGUCGUCGAAACCACGUACAUACUGUCCAUAUUGUGGUCGAAGCCGCAGACGUCAAGUGAAAGAAGGCAUGGGUUGGUCUUCGAUAAAAGAAUCUGAAUGGAGCACGAGGCUUCAUGCUACCAUCUCUCAUGCUAGCUAUAACGACAGGGAAUGAAGAAAGCCAUGGGUGCUACAGCAAACCUGAAGCGCGCAAGGCGGAGAGAAUUUGGGGCAUAAUGGGACAUCUGCCCUCUGCACUGGGACAGGGCGACAAUACUUUGCAAAGUGAAGAGAGAAGCGUCGGAUAGCCUCGAGGCAAAAUUCUCAGC